GGCCGGCGGCCGCUACUGAUUGGCUGAGGGUAGGGAGCCACGUCAAGCUACUCGGCGGUGACGUCACGUGGGUUUAUUGAGACUGAGUGGGGAGAAAAGCCUUGAUGAAGAACCAAGGUGGGGAGAACAAAGCUGCUCUGCUGCCUGCUAGUCCUCCCAAAAUGAACAGCAAUCUGGUGCUAGAGGAAGGAGACUUAGCCGAGGCUGCAGCACCCCCUGAAGCUGGGGACUCCCCAAGCCAGUCCAGGACAUGCAACUCUGAGCCUUCUGCUGCUGGCAAUGCUGAGAGCCUGACCAGUGAGGAGCAGGAUAAGAAUGAGGCUUCUCGUGUGGAGGAGGAGACAAAAUCCUCCCAGCCUGCCAUGUGUGAUGUCUCUGAAGAGCUGAGCAGGCAGCUGGAGGACAUCUUGAACACAUACUGUGUGGAUGCCAGCCAGGAAGGUCCAGGAGAUGAUGGUGGGCAGAGUGAGCCCGCGGAGCCAGACGAAGCAGACAAGUGCCGGAGCGAAUCCCCCAGGAACGGCGAGCAGGAGCCAGGCUGCCCUGAGAUGAAUGGAGAGAAGGAGGGCUCCAAGGGGACCGAGGAGUUCCGAGCCAAUGACGAGUGUGGGGACCGUGAUCAGAAACGGGCCCAGGAGAAGAAGAAAGCCAAGGGUCUCGGCAAGGAGAUCACUUUGCUGAUGCAGACGCUGAACACGCUGAGCACCCCAGAGGAGAAGCUGGCAGCACUGUGCAAGAAAUACGCUGAGCUGCUGGAAGAGCACAGGAACUCCCAGAAGCAGAUGAAGAUCCUGCAGAAGAAGCAGACUCAGCUGGUGCAGGAGAAGGACCAUCUGAGGAGUGAACAUAGCAAGGCCAUCCUGGCCCGCAGCAAGCUGGAGAGCUUGUGCCGUGAGCUCCAGAGACACAACCGCACCCUCAAGGAGGAAGGCGUCCAGCGCGCACGGGAGGAGGAGGAGAAGCGGAAGGAAGUGACGUCCCAUUUCCAGGUGACGCUGAAUGACAUCCAGCUGCAGAUGGAGCAGCACAACGAGCGGAACUCCAAGCUGCGCCAGGAGAACAUGGAGCUGGCAGAGAGGCUGAAAAAACUCAUUGAGCAGUACGAGCUGCGGGAGGAGCAUAUCGAUAAGGUGUUCAAACACAAGGACUUGCAGCAGCAGCUGGUGGAUGCCAAGCUCCAGCAGGCCCAGGAGAUGCUGAAGGAGGCAGAGGAGAGACACCAGCGGGAGAAGGACUUCCUGCUGAAAGAGGCCGUGGAGUCUCAGAGAAUGUGUGAGCUGAUGAAGCAGCAGGAGACCCAUCUCAAGCAGCAGCUGGCCCUCUACACAGAGAAGUUUGAGGAGUUUCAGAACACGCUUUCCAAAAGCAGUGAGGUGUUCACUACAUUCAAACAGGAGAUGGAAAAGAUGACAAAAAAGAUCAAGAAGCUGGAGAAAGAGACCACUGUGUAUCGGUCUCGCUGGGAAAGCAGCAACAAGGCUCUGCUGGAGAUGGCCGAGGAGAAAACCCUUCGGGACAAGGAGCUGGAAGGGCUUCAGGUGAAAAUCCAGCGCCUGGAGAAGCUGUGCCGAGCCCUGCAGACCGAGCGCAAUGACCUAAACAAGAAGGUGCAGGACCUGUGUGCCCAUACGCCCCAGGCCGAAGCAGACACGCUGGAAGCCCUAAAGGACCCAUCUCGAGACAGCUUUGGUGAGCCAGCACUAGGGGGCGCUGUAGCACAGCAGUGUCCCAGGGAGGAUUGUCUUCGCUCAGCAAAGCCGAUGCACUGCACAGAACCUGCGGAGAACCCCGGAGAACUGAGCAUAGGAGCUUUGGGUUAGGCUGGGACUGAGGAAUGCUCUCGCUGUGCUGACUAAGCCCUUGGAUCAGCAGGUGGAGAUAGGGGAAGGGAUGGUAACAUAUGAUUGGUUCCACAGACUGAUCUAAUGUCCUUUC